UUGUCAUCAUCGACACUUACGUUGUAAAUAAGACAACGUGCUGAGCUAGCUAGCCGUUAGAAAGUGACAGUUAGCAGCAAGCUAACUGUAAGCUAAAAAUAUUCUCCUGCCGAAGUGGUUUGAGGUGGGCACAGCUGAACUGCCAGAGGGGACACGUUUGUAGUAGCGUGGCAGUGAGUAGUGAGGCAUUAUGGGCAACACAAGUGACAGGGUGUCUGGAGAACGCCAUGGAGCCAAAGCCCACCGCUCGGACAGCAGCGGCAGUCACAAAGACCAAGAACCCAGCAGCAAGAUGGUGGACAGCACAGAUGACCCCAACAUCUUCAACACCCACGGGCCAGAGUCCAAGGCGUUAGAAGAGAAAGAAUCCGAUCUGAUUGAGCAGAUGAAUACUGGUCCUCAGGCUCGUCCCACGGUCAUCCGCUGGGCUGGGGGGGGAAAGGAGGUCUACAUAGCCGGUUCCUUUAAUAACUGGAGUACCAAGAUACCACUAAAUAAGAGCCAUAAUGACUUUGUAGCGAUCCUGGACCUGCCAGAAGGAGAGCACCAGUACAAGUUUUUUGUAGAUGGACAGUGGGUCCACGAUCCCUCAGAGGCGGUUGUAACCAGUCAGCUCGGCACCAUCAACAACCUGAUCCAGGUGAAGAAGUCCGACUUUGAGGUGUUUGACGCCCUGCACGUAGACUCUCUGGAGUGCUCAGACACAUCAGACCUGUCCAGCUCCCCUCCAGGUCCAUAUGGGCAGGAGCAGUACAGCUUCAGACCUGAGGAGCAUUUCAAAGCCCCACCCAUCCUCCCUCCUCACCUCCUCCAAGUCAUCCUCAACAAGGACACCAAUAUAUCCUGUGACCCCGCCCUGCUGCCUGAACCCAACCACGUCAUGCUAAACCACCUUUACGCCCUCUCGAUUAAGGAUGGAGUAAUGGUGCUGAGUGCGACUCACAGAUACAAGAAGAAAUACGUCACCUCUCUGCUUUACAAGCCUAUCUAAGCCGCAACUUGGGUGCUUCACACUGCGUUUAGAGAACAGCAUGUUUGUAUUCUGCUGUUUUUUUUUUUUCUUUCUCAGUGCUAUCACAUUUAGCCAAAACGUGCACUGAAACUGGAUAACAGGCCAGUGGCUGUGACUGUGGCUUGGUUUUGGAAAAAGGUUGCACUUCUCUCUACAUAGGGCUCUGAACAAAAAUAAACGGGUGUGUAGGAAGGUAGGCUGUCGGAGAGAGAUGAAAACCAUACUGUGGCUUUUACCUGUGACAUCUACAGACAGAUAGGAGAGAGACUGACUGAAUCACUGUCUGUAUUUGAGUGUUUGCUGCACCUUGUGAAUAUAUGCUUGUCUUGUGUUUAAAACAGGAUUUUAUUUAAAUGUGCGGUGUAAAGGAAGAGGGUGCUCUGUGAAAGAUCAGUUUCUUUUAAUGGUGAUUUUAAGGAUGCUCUCCUAAAGUGAGGGCUUUUUGAUUGUUAUUGAUGUGGAUUAGCAGUUUGAUUUUAAAGUAUUGUGUUAAUUAAGUCAGAAUAACAGAAUGGCCCAAAGCCGAGGUCGAAAAUAGAUGCUACAGAGAGCAGCAGGCUUGGCUUUGGUUGAACAUAAUGUGCAAUAACCUACAUCUUAUUUUGUCGGCACAUAUUAGAUAUAUUAUUAAAUUUCUCCCAGUUCAGCCGUCAUUCAGUGGCAUCUACAACGUGAACUAAACCACCAACAAGUCCAAGAUUCCAGUUGUGUUAAUGUAAUGGUCACUAAACAUAGAUGGAGUAGAAGAACCCACUUUCCAGAUGGGGAAUGGAGGUCAAAGGUUGAUGUUUAGUUCUGCUGUUGCCUUUAUCUUGACGUAAUUUAGCACUUUACCAUCCUGUGAGCAGGAGCGAUAUAAGCUUUUUAACUAUGCAGCGGACAACUCUUACUGUAUUGUAGCUUCUCUGCAUUAUAGAACCCAAUUUGUGCUUUUUUUUCUUUUUAUCAAAUAGUAAUGUACUGUAUGCAUUUGUUACAUGUGUAGUCAUACACAGAGGCGUGUACACGUAAACAGUUUGAACUUGCUGCUUUG